AAGCAUUUGAAGCUGAGCCCUUUGGCCAAACAGUCCUUGCUGAAAUGUCAAUACACUACCAGAACACUGGCUCGCAGGGUUCAUCAUGAUUUCCAGGCAGUAUGUGGCUUUGUUUCUCUGCUUUCUGCUACUGAUCCCUCUUUCUCUGGAUGCAGUCUUUCUAAAGCAGGAAGAGGCAAGCAACGUUUUGCAAAGACAAAGACGAGCCAACAGCUUCUUUGAAGAGAUAAAACUGGGGUCACUAGAGCGAGAAUGCAUAGAAGAAAGGUGUUCCUAUGAGGAAGCAAGAGAGAUUUACGGUGAUAUUGAAAGGACAGAAGAGUUCUGGCACAUCUAUUCCGACCCUAACCAGUGUGCCUCCAACCCCUGUCAGAAUGGUGGGACUUGUGAUGACCAGUUCCAGGAUUAUGUUUGCCGCUGUCCUGUCGAAUACGAGGGCAAAAGCUGUGAAAAAGCUGUGGCUGACAAACUGAAGUGCAUUUUUGACAACGGUGGCUGUGAACAGUACUGUACUGACAAGCAGUCCAAAACACGACUGUGCUUCUGUGAUGAUGAUUACACUUUAGCGAGUGAUGGUGUGUCCUGCAUCCCUCAAGUGAAAUACCCAUGUGGAAAAAUACCGGUGUUGGCAAAAAAAAAUUCAACUGCACAUGGGAGAAUAGUAGGUGGUUUCAUCUGUCCUCCAGGUGAAUGUCCAUGGCAAGCCCUUAUAAUACAGGAUCAGAUAGAAAAGUGUGGCGGCACCCUGCUUUCCCCAGAGUGGGUGGUCACUGCAGCUCACUGUUUGGAGCAUACUCACCCUAUACAGCUUCGGGUGAGACUGGGUGAACACAAAAUAAAUGUUGAUGAGAAAACUGAGCAAGAAAGUAGAGUCGCCAGGAUGAUCAUUCAUGAAGAAUACAGGAAUGGACACGUCAAUAAUGAUAUUGCCCUCUUGAAGCUGGAAACACCUGUGAAUCUCACCGACUAUGUGGUGCCAAUAUGUUUGCCUGAGAAAAGGUUUGCUGUGUAUGAACUGUCCACCAUCAAGUUCUCCACAGUAAGCGGAUGGGGACGCCUAAUAGAUGGAGGUGCCACCUCUUCUGUUCUGAUGAGAGUUGAUUUGCCACGUGUAAAGACACAAGAAUGUGAAAAGGAGACCGAUUUAAAUAUUACAGAGAAUAUGUUCUGUGCAGGAGACCUGUCUGGGGUUAAGGACUCCUGCAAGGGAGACAGUGGUGGUCCUCAUGCUACACAGUACAAGAACACUUGGUUUCUGACUGGGAUUGUCAGCUGGGGAAAGGGCUGUGCUGUUGAAGGCAGCUAUGGGGUUUACACAAGGGUAUCCAAGUACAUCGACUGGUUGAGGAAGCUCAUGGACUAAUGAUGUUGAGCCACAGCAUUUCCAGGUCAAGUUAUUGCCCCCCAAUCCCUCUGUACCAUUUUCCCAUUGAAGGAUUCCUUCAUUAUCUUAGAUAUUUGAUACAGGCCAUACCCACAACACUAUUAAAGAUUUGAAGUGAG